AUGUUUUCAGAUAACCCCUACGACCGAGGAGAGGAUUCAGACACAGCCGGGCGAGGUCGUGGUGCGGGAGCGUUACCAGCUGGAAAAGAGAAACGGAAGCCAUUCUUCAAAAAGCAGGAGGCUUGCACACCUUACGACGUGGUGCCUUCGAUGAGGCCUGUCGUCCUUGUAGGGCCUUCGCUGAAAGGAUAUGAAGUGACAGAUAUGAUGCAAAAGGCUCUCUUUGAUUUUUUAAAGAGACGGUUUGAAGGAAGAAUUAUCAUCACUCGAGUGACAGCUGAUAUCUCACUAGCGAAGAGGUCGUUACUCAAUAAUCCGCCCAAGAAACCUUUGAUGGAUAGAGCCAAUUCGAGAAUGAAUUGCUUGGCUGAAGUUCAGACGGAAAUAGAGCGAAUAUUCGACCUCGCGCGAACGUUACAGCUGGUUGUGCUGGACUGUGACACAAUUAAUCAUCCGUCGCAGCUGGCAAAGACCUCGCUAGCGCCUACCAUCGUGUACCUGAAGAUAUCUAGUCCUAAAGUAUUACAACGAUUAAUAAAAUCUCGAGGGAAGGGCCAAAGCAAAAACCUAUCUGUCCAAAUGGUGGCUGCCGAAAAACUAGCUCAAUGUCCUCAAGAGAUGUUCGACUUAAUUUUAGACGACAAUCAGCUAGAAGAAGCGUGCCAACGCAUCGCGGAUCACUUAGAAGAAUAUUGGAAAGCAACACAUCCGCCAAUCGCACCUGCUGCGCCCCGUCCAGCAGCGCAUGUCUCUCAUGCUGCUACCCCCCACGCCCAACCUGGUUACACCGGCCGUGGUCAAAGGCACUCACAAAUGUACUCAGGUACCAACAGAUGUAAUAUUGAAUGUCGUCUCGUAUACAAGCAUCUGGGCAAGCGCAUUAGCAUCGCAGAAGACCAUUAUAUCCUGUCUACGAACUCCUGUCCAGGUGCACGAUCGCGGGCGGCGCGCCCAGAGCGCUUAGAAGAAGAAUACUAUCCAAGGGAGCAGUAUCACCGGUACCCACGCGACUACCCGCGGGAGUACCACGAGGGUUAUUCACACGAUUACAGGGGAGAGGAGGCGUAUGGCCACGACUACACACGUGACUACGGCAGAGAUUACGCCCGCGAGGGUUAUCCCCGGGAGGAGAGAAGCGCCCGGACGCGCGAACGUGACCCGCCCGAAGAUUACGGGCCUUCGAGACGGGCCCUUAACGCCCUCUAG